ACACACGCACGCACGCACACACACACACACACACACACACACACACUCCCCUUGGAUCCCCUGGACAGCGUGCACUCGCUUCUCCAUCCCAGUCCUCCCUCCAGCGAUCGCACACCACCGCCUGCAAACCUACCUCGGACACGACGCCACUGUGAGGCUAGUCACCUCCAGUCAGCCCAGCAUGUCAGCAAGGGGGCAGCAAGUAUUCCUGAGGGGCGAGGACCCAUUGCCGCAUUCGGACGCCUUUCAGGAUGCUUUGCUCCGGCUCGCCUCUAUCACCGAAGCCAGUUCCCUGCGGGAUGUCAUUAAGGAGGUUCUGGAGGCCGUUCUACCCAAAGUUGAGAGCGUGUUCAUCUACCUUCUGGAUGUGGAGAGCGGUCGGCUGCUGUGUGACAACCCGCCCCACGCUCUGCUGGCUGAGGGGAAGCUCAGGGAGAUGGUGACCCAGCAGAGGAGGGUGCAAUGUGCUGGGCUCCCCCCCUCGGAGCUGCAGGAGAGGCAGAGGAGCAGCUUGGCCAUGCCCCUGGCGCCAGACAAAAGAGUGUUGAUCAUUCCGCUUGUGGACCAGGACCAGGCACUCGUCAUCGCCGUCAUCUUGGUGGCCUGUAAGCAGCUGGGAGACGCAGAGGAGCAGCACCUCACUGUCCUGGAGAAGCAUGUUACCGUGGCUGUCAGGAGAGUCCAGACACUGCAGAAGUCUUCGCAGUGGCCUCCGCUCAGCCCAUUGCCUGGCCUGUCCCACAAUCCCUCUGCAAAGCCCAGUAUGAUGUUUCCGGAUGACACGUACAGUGAGAUGGACCGCAAGAUCCUACAACUGUGCGGUGAGCUGUACGACCUAGAUGCUGCCUCCCUCCAGCUCAAAGUCAUCAAUUAUCUGCAACAGGAGACCCAGUCACUCUGCUGCUGUCUGCUGCUAGUGUCAGAGGACAACCACCAGCUUUUCUGUCAGGUGGUUGGCGACAGGGUCCUGGAGGAGGAAAUCAGCUUCCCACUGAUGUUUGGCCGCUUCGGUCAGGUGGUGGAGAAAAAGAAGAAGAUUACUCUGCAGGACGUCAGUUCGGAGGAGCACCGGCAGCUGAACAGCAUGCUGGGAUUUGAGGCCCAGUCCAUGCUGUGUGUCCCUGUCAUCAGCCGCGCCACCUCACAAGUGGUGGCCCUGGCCUGCACCUUCAACAAGACGGGCGGGCAGAAGUACACGGAAGAGGAUGAAGAGAAGAUCCAGCACUGCUUCUGCUACACGUCCACCGUACUGACCAGCACCCUGGCUUUCCAGAAGGAGCAGAAGCUGAAGUUCGAGUGUCAGGCUCUGCUGCAGGUUGCCAAAAACCUCUUCACCCACCUGGACGACGUUUCCGUGCUACUGCAGGAAAUCAUAGUGGAAGCCAGGAACCUGAGCAAUGCGGAGAUCUGCUCGGUGUUCCUGCUGGACAGAGUGAGUCACGAGCUGGUGGCCAAGGUGUUCGAUGGCGGGGUGGUGAAUGACGACGAGAAGGAGUUCCGCAUCCCCGCUGACCAGGGCAUCGCUGGUCAUGUGGCCACCACCGGGAAGAUCCUGAACAUCAAGGACGCUUACUCGCACCCGCUGUUCUACCGCGGCGUGGACGACAGCACCGGAUUCCGCACGCGCAACAUCCUCUGCUUUCCCAUCAAGGACGAGAAUAAUGAGGUCAUCGGAGUGGCUGAACUUGUCAAUAAGACCAAUGGACCGUGGUUCAACAGGUUUGACGAGGACUUGGCCACUGCAUUCUCCAUAUAUUGUGGGAUCAGUAUUGCUCAUUCUCUCCUGUACAAGAAGGUUCACGAGGCUCAGUACAGGAGUCGCCUGUCCAACGAGAUGAUGAUGUACCACAUGAAGGUGUCAGAUGAGGAAGUGAUCAAACUACUUUCCAAUGGGAUCGAACCUGUGGAUGAGAUAGACCCCAGUUUCGCCGAGUUCACCUACACCCCCCGGUCGCUGCCGGAUGACAGCACACCCACAAGCAUCCUAAGCAUGUUUGAAGACAUGGGUUUUCUCAACACCUACAAGAUUGACCUGCACACUCUGGCCAGGUUCUGCCUGAUGGUGAAGAAGGGCUAUCGGGAUCCUCCGUACCACAACUGGAUGCAUGCCUUCUCCGUCUCCCACUUCUGUUACCUCCUUUACAAGAACCUGGAGCUGGCCAACUACCUCGAGGACAUUGAGAUCUUUGCCCUCUUCGUGUCCUGCAUGUGCCACGACCUGGACCAUCGAGGGACUAACAACUCUUUCCAGGUGGCCUCGGAAUCGGUGUUGGCAGCGCUGUACAGCUCAGAAGGUUCUGUGAUGGAGAGACACCACUUUGCGCAGGCAAUUGCCAUUCUGAACACCCACGGCUGCAACAUCUUUGACAAGUUCUCCAGAAAGGACUACCAGAGAAUGCUGGACCUCAUGAGGGACAUUAUUCUGGCCACGGACUUGGCUCAUCACCUUAGAAUCUUCAAGGACCUGCAGAAGAUGGCGGAUGCGGGUUACAGCCCCAAGAACCACAACCACCGCAGCCUCCUCCUCUGUUUGCUCAUGACCUCCUGCGACCUCUCAGACCAGACCAAAGACUGGAAGACCACCAGGAAGAUAGCGGAACUCAUCUACAAGGAAUUCUUCUCCCAGGGAGACUUGGAAAAGGCUAUGGGAAACCGGCCCAGUGAGAUGAUGGAUAGGGAGAAGGCCUACAUUCCAGAACUUCAGAUCAGCUUCAUGGAGCACAUUGCAAUGCCCAUCUACAAACUGCUUCAGGAUAUAUUCCCGCGAGCAUCGGAGCUGUACGACAGAGUGUCCGCCAAUCGUGAGCAGUGGACCAAGGUCUCCCACAAGUUCACCAUCCGCGGGUUGCCGAGCAACAACUCAUUAGACUUCUUAGACGAGGAAUACGAGCUGCUGCGGGCGCAGGAGGCGUCGAGCGAGGACGCGCACGGAAUGAACGGCUGCGUGGACGCGGAGUGACAGGCGGUGCGGAACCGGGCACGUCCCGUACCACUGCCAAUAGAGAUACUGCCACAGGACAGCUGUCUGCCACCGCAGGGCGAAUCUUAAGUUCUCAAGAUGUUAAUAGUGUAAAUCAGUGGUGGCUUUUACUGACAUUAUAUCUUGUGUCGUUCUUCAUUAUGGUGAUGUCUCAGGAUGGUAAUUCCAGUUCUGUAAAUCUGAAGUGUGUGUUUAUUCCGCUUUUAAACGGCAAGAUGUGGCGGCCGGAGGUCCCGUGUCUUUUUAUUGUACAGAAUAUGAAAACCAGACAUUUCAGGGUCCGUUUACUCUUGUGAAUUUGUACACGUACAUUAAAAUGAAAUAUUUCGAGCUGAACAUCUAGAGAUGUGCACAGUAUAGAGCAGCUUGAAAACAUAGAUAAACAAAGAUAGACUUAGAACUUGGGGUUUCCCCUGAUUAUCAGUUAUUACGGCAUUACUACGACAUAGUGAUCGUGUUACAUUUUAGUAUGGAUCUUUAACGGUCGGAUUGUUUUAGAGAACAUCACUUUUUUGUAUUUUUCAUACAUUAUUAUACAUUCAAGAGAAUUUACAUUUAAGAGAAUUUAACUCCUGUGCCAUCUUUCACGUAAACCUUUAGUACUGAAAACGUGAAUUUGUUUGUUUUCGUUGCUGAAUGAGUACAUUUUUCUUACCUCCUAACCAACACAAAAAGUAGGCAAGUGGGGAAGGGAAUCACAUUAUUGUUCUUGCUCUUACAGUACACCGAGUUUGUGCAUUUUGUACUUGUUUGGCAUACGUGUUACCAUUUCUCUCUUUUUUGGUUUGCUAAAACCACUCAGUGCGACGAAAGCCCUUUAAAAACCUCCUUUAACGUUGAUACCAGCACAUAUUGCACAGUGAUACUAAGGCGUCGCAGCGAUGACAUCCCCAUCACAUGCGACGUGGGGCGACACCGACCCACAUGCAGAAAAAACGUACGUCAGCUUUACGAGGCAUGCGGAUGUGUAGAUAUAUUUAUGAGGAUAAGGGCUAUGACGCUCUUUGAGGCAUCACUAGUCAGUACCGAAGCCUGACAAAUUGUGUAUUAUAUUGAUUUGCCUUAUAUCUCAGUUGCCUUUAGUAAGACGUCUUACUAUGUACGAAAUAUACUUUUACAAUGUACCAAUGUACACUUUCUGUUGGCGCGGGUAGGUACUGCAUGUAUAAGCCUCCAUGCAGUGUUAUAAAAAACAUCCCAGUGAAUUGAAACCUUAACAAAUGCUAUAUGAUUAAAAAAAAAAAAACAAUGAAACUUAGCGCGAAACACUUCCAGAUUAAGAAAUACUACUGAUGUUUUCCAUUCAGGUAAACUGGUCGCGCUAAUUUCAUAAUGAUGCGUGUGGUAAGAGUGGGAUUUCGAGGCUGUAGGCCCUUUGGCACCUUAUAAAUCCCUUUAGGUAUCAAAUCUUCUCAUAGCUACUCCCAUGCUUAACUGAGAACAUGUGUCACUACUGUACUGUCAACCCUGCUGACAUUGUCAAGACAUGUAGUCACGACAUUACAGCUGUUAAUAUAGACUCCGUUUUCUAUCGUGGUCAGUACCAGAAUAACGGGAUUAUUGAAAAUGUACAUAGAACUUAAAUUGUUUGAAUCAGAUUCAGGUAGAUCUCUAAGAAUAUGCUCCUGUACUUUCAUACUUGUGGGUUGAGCUUUGAUUUUAGUCCAAACUCGGUUUUUCUAAUUCAUUUGGCCUCGUUAUGUGUAAUCACGCGUUUUCCCUCGUGCAAUACGAUGUUGCUGCUUUCGUGGGUGUGUUGUGUACUCCGAUGUAAAUAUGAUUUGUUUUUAAGUUAUUCAUUUUCGAGUAUUUUCAUUUAUGAAAUAUAUAUAUUCUGGUAUUUGUAAGUUUAUAUCUAUCUAUACAUGUUAGCUUCAAAUUAUUUUCCGCCCUUAAAACAGGAUGUUGUUGUGCCAAUCUCAAAGGGUUUGUACAUGGAGAUUUUGAACCUGUACCGAGUGUCUAAUUGUUCUAAGUGGCAAAUAUACAUACAUGUAAAUAGUAAUGAAAUGUUUCUCAGUUAUACAUGCUUAUAAUAAAACUAUCAGACAGGAA